GCUGCGCAGCCGCCGGGCGGCCGCCGCGCAUGCGGGGCUCACCGGGCUGCAGCCGGCGCCGCUGCCACUCCCGGGAGCAUGAAGGACCGAACCCAGGAGCUCCGCACGGCCAAGGACAGCGACGAUGAUGACGACGUCACUGUCACUGUGGACCGAGACCGCUUCAUGGAUGAAUUCUUCGAGCAGAAGGCCCCUCCCUGGAUUUCCACCCCCAGAGCACCUGGCCUUGGCCCACAGGUGGAGGAGAUCCGAGGCUUCAUUGACAAGAUCUCGGAGAACGUGGAGGAGGUGAAGCGCAAACACAGCGCCAUCCUGGCCUCCCCCAACCCUGAUGAGAAGACAAAGGAGGAGCUGGAGGAACUCAUGUCCGACAUAAAGAAGACAGCAAACAAAGUCCGUUCCAAGUUAAAGAGCAUCGAGCAGAGCAUCGAGCAGGAGGAAGGCCUGAACCGCUCCUCCGCAGACCUGAGGAUCCGAAAGACACAGGUGUGGGCGGGGCGAGUAGCGGGGCGCCUGAGGCUCUGGGGCCCGGGUGGGGCUGGGGCUGACACCUGCACUCCCGUCUCGGGCCCCCAGCACUCCACACUGUCCCGGAAGUUCGUGGAGGUGAUGUCCGAGUACAACGCCACGCAGUCUGACUACCGCGAGCGCUGCAAGGGCCGCAUCCAGAGGCAGCUGGAGAUCACUGGCCGGACCACGACCAGCGAGGAGCUGGAGGACAUGCUGGAGAGUGGGAACCCCGCCAUCUUUGCCUCCGGGAUCAUCAUGGACUCCAGCAUCUCGAAGCAGGCCCUGAGUGAGAUUGAGACACGCCACAGCGAGAUCAUCAAGCUGGAGAACAGCAUCCGGGAGCUGCACGACAUGUUCAUGGACAUGGCCAUGCUCGUGGAGAGCCAGGGGGAGAUGAUUGACAGGAUUGAGUACAACGUGGAACAUUCGGUGGACUACGUGGAGAGGGCCGUGUCUGACACCAAGAAGGCCGUCAAGUACCAGAGCAAGGCGCGCCGGAAGAAGAUCAUGAUCGUCAUCUGCUGUGUGGUCCUGGGCAUUGUGAUCGCCUCCACCUUUGGGGGCAUCUUCGGAUAGAACCCACCCCGCCUGCCACUCCGCUCUGGAUGGUCCACCCCCAGGAGACCCCUGGCUGCUGUCCCGCCUCUGGCUCGGAGCUCUCUCCCCGCCACCCCAGACUGCUCCUUUCUCUGCCACAGGGCCCCCCACUCCCACCCCGCCCUGAGCCGUCGUGUGCAUGAUCUUUGUGACAGUGUGCGUCUGUACCGAAGAGGCAGAGGGGAGCCAGGCUGGGAAAGAGCCAGCUGGGUGGGGACGGGCCAGCAAGGGACAGACUCAGGCCCAGGCCCCUCCCCUUCGAGGAGGGCUGUCCCGGGGUAGUUAGCCAUGCUCCUGUCCCCCAGCCUUCAGUAAUUCCACUCCUUCCUGGGGUCUGCCCUCUCCUGGAUCAAGGCUCUCUCUGGACCCCAACCUUGCCUCCUCUGACCAGCCCACCUGCCCCAUCCUGCGUCUUCUCCAGCUGUCCCCCUGAAUGGGCACCCGCCUCUGAGGCCUGGGGGCCAGCUGGUCACAUGGUGCUGCUUUUUGGUUUAGGGGAGGGGUGGCCCUAAGAGACAGCCCAGCUCUAAGCCUCUAACAGCCAAUCACUGCCAGGGGCCGUGGCCAGGUGGCUUCUGGCCGUGUCAAGACCCGACUUCCUCCCCUGCCUGGGGGCAGAGUCCCAACAGGUCUUCGGCUGCCUCAGCCUCCCUCCUUCCCUAGUUCCUCCAGCCCCCGGAGCAACCCCUUAGGGCUAUACCUGACCCCAGGGAACAUUCUGGAAGAGGCUGACCAGGGGCCUGGUCUCCUGCCCUUGGAGCUAGGGCGGCAGGGCAGGCCCUAGUCGGGCCUCUGCACUGGUGAAGCCCAUGCCCGGGCCAUCAGCUCUCCCCGGGUUGGGUCCUCAAGCCAUUGUGUGUUGCAUGUGUGGGACGGUGGUCCCGGCUCCCCUGUGCCCGAGAAGUCAGUGUCACUUCAGGCCUGCAUCUUGUGCCACCCUUGCUGCCCGCCCCCCGUCCCCACCGCGUGGGUGUUGGAUGUCUCCGAUGCAGUAUUCAGCCAGGGAGGGGGCACCUCCCUCCUCCCCACCAGCUCGGGACUUCUCAAGUCUGAACCGUGCGCCCUGCCCAGAAGCCCUCUUCCUUGUCGACAGGCAAGGAGUGUGCAUGCGUGCGCAUGCAGUGAGGGACGGGGCCAGGCCUGUGCCCCCACCCGCCCUCCGCUUCGCUCCUGCCCAGUGACUGACCACUGUCCGUGUUGCCUUCUGGAACAGCGACUCCCCGCCCCACCCCCACCCCUUCACCAAAGGUCUUGGUACAACCAGCUGCCCCAUUUUGUGAAAUUUUUAUGUAGAAUAAACAUUUGUAUCUGUACCACG